AUGUGGAACCGAAUUGCUACACGCGUCAGUCGUCGUGCACCACAAGUCGUAGCUGCUGCUGUUCGACCUUCCAUUCGUCAUGUCGCACGUCCUGCAAUCACCACAAGAACUUUUUUCACUAGCCCUACCCGAUUGGACAGCCUUGCCGAUGCCCAAGAACAGAUAAAGAAGGGUACUGAAUAUCUCAACCAAGGAUCGCUUGAUAUGGCUAUGCACAGCUAUCACAAGAGUGUCCAAAUUGCUCCUAGUGCCGCUGGCUAUUUUAACAUUGGCGUUUGCUAUUUUCAAAUGGGCAAACACAAGGAUGCUAUCGAUUCAUUCGAACGUUCAUUGGACUAUGAGCCUAACCAAGCUGACGCCCACACCAACAUUGCCUCCGCUUACUUGAUGCUCAAGAACGUCCCCGAAGCUAUCAAGCAUCUUGAACAAGCAUCCAACUUUAAUCCACUUGAUGGUGAAAUCCAAUACAAUCUUGGGUGUGUGUAUGAAGCUAUGGGUAAUCUGGAAGGCGCCAAAACGCGCUUUGAACGUGCUGGUAUUCUUGGUAUCGAGAAAGCUGAUCAGGCAUUGGAGAAGCUUGCCACCAAAAUGGAAAAGCAAUAA